CAAGAGGAAACGGAUGUGACUUGAAGUUGCAGCCGGAAGUUGUAGAAUCCACAGCACGACAAGGGAGUCAAAGAGCAGAGAGAUCAGCUUUUUUGGCACAAUGGGUCGUCACUUCGGAGAUUUGGCCAAGAUAAGGCAUGUGAUCACCUACACUAUCUCUCCCUUUGAGCAGAGGGCUUUCCCAAACUACUUUUCUAAGGGAAUCCCAAAUGUUUGGAGACGAUUCAAAACAUCUGUAUUCAAGGUUGCACCACCUAUGGUUCUGAUGUACCUGACCUACACAUGGGGCAAUCGUGUUCACGAACAGACCAAAAGAAAGAACCCUGCCGACUAUGAGAAUGACAAGUGAAAUCGUUGCCUGAGGAUGUCAAUGUGUAUCUUGUUUCUGUUCAAUAGAGGAAAUAUUUAUGGGAAAAAUGGAUUUCUGACUUGUUGCCAAUUAAUCACUUUAAUUCAGUUUAGCUCUUUAAUAAAGUACCUUAAUAAGAUGCUUCACUCAGAUUUAUCCUCUGAUUUAUUGUGUUCAUAAUAAGUAUUUGAAAAACAGGUGUCUUCUGGCAAGUGUUUGUUUUGCUCCUGCUACUGUAUACCAUGUGAAGGGAAGAUUUAUUGUUUUUUUAUAGAGAUUUAUUUUUAUUUUGAAGAACUGUUGAGGUUUUAUAUGUGAUCAUGAAAGUUAGAUGAACACUAUUAUGAGAAAGUCUGCUGUCUAACAUGUAAAUAUUUCUCACAUUUAACGAAUUUCAAUAAAAUAUUUGUAGUGGUCA